CUGCUGCUGGUUUAACGUCUUGAAUUUAGUGUUUAGAAGAGCCGUGGGAUCUAGAGCUUGGUUCGUGAGAAGCGUAGCACAACAAUGGACCCACUGAAGAUUGGCAUCAUAAUAGUGAGUGACCGGGCGGCGGCAGGCAGCUCAGCCGACCUGACUGGGCCCCGGCUCAGCGCGCUGCUCGAGGGCGGCGAACUCUUCGUGGCCAAGCUCGUCCAGCGGAUGGUGGUGGCUGAUGAGCGCGCCGACAUACAGGCGGCCGUGACCGGGCUCUCGGACCGCUGUGACGUGCUGCUGACCUCGGGCGGCACGGGGUUUGCGGCGCGGGACGUGACGCCCGAGGCUGUGGCGCCGCUGCUGGAGCGGUCAGCGCCCGGCCUGCUGGCUGCCAUGCUGCACGGCUCACUGGCCGUCACCCCGCUGGCCAUGCUGUCGCGGCCGGUGGCCGGGGUGCGCGGCCGGUGUGUGGUGGUCACGCUGCCGGGCAGCCCCAAAGCGGCCGAGGAGUGCGUCCGGCUGCUGGCGCCCGGCCUGCCGCACGCCGUCGACCUGCUGCGGGACCGACGGACGCGCGUGGAGCAUGUGCACCUGCAGCUGCAGAGCGAUACCGUGCCCCAGCGGGCCACGCCGACCGCCGGCGGAGAUGAGCACUACUGUCAGCACCAGCACCAGCACCAGCACCAGGCCGGCUCCACGGUGGACCCAUCUCAGGUGUCGCGCCGGCACCGCCGCUCGCCGUACCCCACCAUCCCGUUGGCCAGGGCGCAGGAGGUCGUGAUGGACGCCGUGGCUGGCUACGAGCGCGCCGUCGAGACGCUCAACAUCACUGCCGCGCAGGACCGCGUGCUGGCAGAGGACAUCGUGGCUAAGGUGCCACUGCCACCUUUCCCGGCCUCGGUGAAGGAUGGCUACGCCGUCUGCUCGGCAGAUGGUGUUGGCGUCAGACAUGUGCUGGGUGCCUCCAACGCUGGUGUGGACGGUGACGGCGCGGCGUCCACCGUGCGGCCCGGCACCUGCGUGCGCAUUAGCACCGGCGCUGCCGUACCGGCCGGCGCUGACGCCGUCGUCAUGGUGGAGCAGACCCGGCUGGCGGAGGCGUCCGAGGACGGCACGCGCGAGCUCACCGUGGAGAUCCUGGAGGCGCCGCGCGCCGGCCAGGACAUCAGGCCGGUGGGGAGUGACAUCGCCAAGGGCACCCUGGUGCUGGACUCCGGCCGCCGGCUCGGACCGUUCGAGCUCGCUUCGCUGGCUGCUGUCGGUGUCUGUCAGGUCACAGUGUUCAGCCGGCCGACCGUUGCCGUCAUGUCGACGGGUAACGAGGUGCAGGAGCCGGGCCGGCCUCUGGAGCCCGGCCGGAUCUACGACACAAACCGGCUGUCGCUGCUUUCUGCCCUGCCGGCCACCGGUGCUUGCGUCAUCGACGCCGGCAUCGCCAUCGACGAGCCGGAGCAGCAGCUUCAGCAGCUGGCAGCGCUCCGAUCGGCGCUGCACCGCGCCGAUGUGCUCGUCACCACCGGCGGCGUCUCCAUGGGCGAGCGUGAUCUGGUCAAGCGUCUAUUGACCGACGACCUCGGCGCCCAGGUCCACUUCGGCCGCGUCUUCAUGAAGCCCGGCAUGCCAACGACGUUCGCCACGCUGACGCUAGAUGGCAGGUGCAAGUACGUGUUCGGUCUGCCUGGCAACCCGGUGUCGGCGGCGGUGUGCAGCGUGCUGCACGUGAUGCCUGCCCUGCGAGCGAUGGCCGGCCUGCGCGACUUCCAGUACAGCAAGCUCCGUGUGCAGCUGGAGUCGGAGGUUCGUCUGGACCCCCGCCCUGAGUUCGCGCGCGCCACUCUGACGCACUCCCAGACCGGCCGACUGCCGGUAGCGCGCGUUACAGGCAGUCAGAUGAGCAGUAACGUUCUGAGUCUGUGUCGGGCUGUGGCGCUGCUGGAAUUGCCGGCCCGGACUGACCAGCGCGCCUCCCUGCCCGCUGGCGCCGAGGUCGACGCCAUCGUUGUCUUCGGGCAGCUAUGAGCGUCAGCUCCGGCCAGGCGCUGCCGGUCAUGUAGGACGAAGAAUGCGCGGCUGACGGGUCUCCAGCGCUGCGCCGAUCGGACGACGGGUCGAAAUGGGCGUGGCGGGAAGGACCCGAUGUUUUGAAGCUGCUGGGCCGGACGCGGUCCAGCAGCUGGUCAUACAUGGUCCGGCCGGAUGCCAGUCCAUGUAUGAUGUACUUGAUACGUGAUCGAUUUUAUACAGGAAAUCAUGUCACCUGGCUAGACUGACGCAUGACGCUAUGCGCGGCCGAAAUUUGGUACCGCGGAUAUGUAAUCACCUUAUGGUGUGCCUGUAUGAAGUGGCGGGUAUCUGCAUAUUGGCAGCCGGGUAUGCGGCUGUGGGCAGACCUGCAGACAUUUAGGGAGUCGCGUAACAAUGUGUUCGGCCAGGGUACCUCGAACUUGGAACUUGGU